UCUGAUAUAGAAAAUUAUAAUCCAGACGAGAUGACUGCUAUGUCAUCUUAUAAGAACAGUAAACCAAGUUACACAACUUCUGGUUUACAAGAUCAAAAUUCAUAUGAGAUAACUACUGUUUCAUCAAAUAACAAAGGUGAAGCAAGUCCCUGCAUGACUAAUGAAAAUCAAAACUCAAAUGAAAUGGCCAAACAGUCAUUUCCUUUUCAAAACCAAAACUCAAACGAAAUGGCUAAAGAGUCAUUUCCUUUUCAAACCCAAAACUCAAAUGAAAUGGCUAAUGAAAAUGAGAACUCAAACGAAAUGGCUAAACAGUCACUUCAUUUUCAAAAUGAAAACUCAAACGAAAUGGCUGAAGAGUCAUUUCCUUUUCAAACCCAAAACUCAAAUGAAAUGGCUAAUGAAAAUGAGAACUCAAACGAAAUGGCUAAACAGUCACUUCAUUUUCAAAAUGAAAACUCAAACGAAAUGGCUAAUGAGUCAUUUCAGUUUCAAAAUCAAAACUCAAACGAAAUGGCUAAAGAUUCAUUUCCUUUUCAAAGCCAAAACCCAAAUGAAAUGCCUAAAGAAUCAUUUUAUGAGAAAGGCAAACCAAGUAACCUUGAUCCUUUGGAUUUAAAGAAUCAAAAUCCUAGUAAGAGCAGCAACAAAUCAGCUUCUACAAAAGGUGUGUGGAGUUCCCUCUCGGAAACACCUUCCGAUUUUGAUAAUCAAAAUCAACCUGAGAAGACUGAUGUGUCACCCCUCAAAUAUUAUCCAAGUUCCUAUAUGGCUUAUAAUGCUGGAGAAACAUCUCAAGCAGAGCAAAGUCAGUAUAAGGUUCCAGUUAUUCUGAACCCCUUGAUGAAUUUUAAUUCCCAAGAAUUAAUGUUACAAAACCAAUAUAGCUCAAUCCUUGAAGAUUCCUGGACUUUUUCUGGAAGAAGAGAAAAUACAUUUUCUGAGAUAGAUAUCCAACUGUGGGAAGACUGGCUAAAGCAGUAUACAGCAUAAUAUACUAGAACUGGAGACUUGGUAUGAUGUAGGUAUUAGAAGUUGAAAGGGUAGAGGUGGACUGGGUGAGAGGUUAGAACCCAUAAGAUGAAAAUAUAUGAUAUGGGCUUACUUGGGCUUAGGCCAACCAUUGUUAAAAGAUUAGUACUAACCGAUUAGCUAGCUAACUUAGCACCCUUAUAU